AUGUCUGGGGCAAAGGGAUUUCACAUCGAACACCCACACGUCUCUUAUGAAACCGCUCUCUCUGCAUGUCUCUAUGCCUUCACCUCCGCCCCGUCUCCCCCUCAUUUCCCCCCCAUGUGUUACUCGGGUAAAAAUGGUGCUUUGGUGGGUGUAUCCACAGUGAAGGUACGGCGGCUGCGCAUUGGCCUAGGCUUGACCUUGAUCACCACAGGGACGGUGCGCCUCCUCAUUAUCGGCGGACUGCAGGAAAGCGUCUGUAAUGAGGGAGCCCAACUGUCCUCGGGGACUCAGACGCACGCACGCAUACCCACACAGAUGCCAAGGCACUUCAUAUUAGCACCCAUGCACCUGCUGACACCUGUGCUUAUGCAAGAACUUCACAGCGGCACACAGCGGCGCGCUCUCGGGGCCCCCCACGCCGCUGUCGGCCUCACCUUCUGUUUGUGUUUCUUCUGUUCUUCCCACGCACGCACAGAUGCCCACCUCCCCCCCACCCCUUCUGAUGCUGCCCACCACACAGACCUUAGGACCUCACUGCCCACUGACACUGCAAAUACGGCACAGACUUCCCAGCGGUGCCCUCUGCUGGCCGUGCACUCAGACCAAACUCAUGCCAUGGAUCAGUCUUCGGUCUUCGAAGUUAUCUGCAGCAGGGAGGGGUCCAGUGCUGCAGGUCAGCCGGGCCACAAGACAGAAAGAGCCAUGUCUAGAGCCAAACAGAUGAGCUGA